AUUUUAUUUCUCUCUUGCGGGAAAAUUUAUGAAUUCCAAUUCCGAUUGCAGAUUUUCGUUGAAUACUUUAUAUUAUAUAUCUUGUUCGGCUCUGAUUUGACUGAGCUAUGGUGAAUAAUACUUCCAAGAACCCAUUUAUCCCCAUCACGAAUUCUUAAUUACCUCAUUUGAAAUGUAAAUUCGUCACUGAACUUGAGUGCUAACGCUAACCGAUACCCUUCGACCCUGUUCACCGCAAUACGCCGCACUUAUUUAAAGCAUCUUUACAAAAAUGGAUUUCUUUUUCUAUUUCUGGUUAUGUAGUUAUAUUUUCUGCACAGUCGCAUUGUUACACUUGUUCGUUCUACUACUGAAAAAGUUGCUUAAAACACCGAGCGAUAUCAAUGGCAAACACGUCCUGAUAACCGGAGGCUCGAGUGGGAUUGGCAAAGGUGUCGCAAUCGAAGUCGCCAAACUUGGUGCUAAUGUCACGAUCGUUGCUAGAGACGCUGUCAAACUCCAGUCGGCGGUUGACGAAAUUCAAAAAGCAUGCGUGAAGCAGAGCCAGAAAGUUAAUUACAUAUCGUUGGAUAUAAGUACCAAUUACGAAAAUGUAGAAAAGGUUUUGAAUGAAGCUGAACAAAAUCUGGGACCUGUUUACAUGCUAGUUAACUGCGCUGGAACAUGUAUUUGUGGUAAAUUCGAAGAUAUGUCUGUCGAUGAUGUGCACUAUUUGGUAAACCUGAAUUACAUGGGAACCGUACAUACGAUAAAAUCCCUCAUUGGUAAAAUGAAAACUCGUAAAGAAGGAUACGUUGUGAUAACCGCAUCUCAGGCUGCUUUAAUCGGUAUUUUUGGCCUAUCUAUUUACAGCUCUACGAAAUUCGCUCUCAGAGGAUUAGCUGAAACACUUUAUAUGGAAUUGAAACAUCACGGUAUUCAUGUCACUUUAGCUUUACCUCCGGACACUGAUACGCCAGGAUUCGCCAACGAAGAAAAAUCCAAACCUUUGGAAACAAAAAUCAUCUCAGAAAGUGGUGGUUUAUACGCACCUGAAAAAGUAGCUGCUCGUAUUGUUAAAGAUACAUUGGAGAAAUCAUUUUUUUCUACCAUUGGAUUGGAGUCUUAUCUAGUCACUGUCUUAUGUAGCGGAAUGUCGCCAGUUAGAUCUUUUUUGGAUAUUAUUCAUCAGGCUCCACUAUUGGGAUUAUUACGAGUCGUUAGUUAUUUCAUUCAAGCCCAUUUUCUCAGUAUUAUUAAGAAAUGUGCUCGCGAAGAGGAGAGUAAGAAAAAAAUCUCGUAGUGACAAAUUUUGCUGUGAAAAAUGUCAUCUUUAAAGCUGCAACUUUCACAUUUCUUUUCUAUUUUCAAAUAAAAAUAAGAUGAAUCAUCAAUUUGUAUUAUUUUAUAAUUAAUUUCCAUUUUUGUACGAACGUGCAUUCGACACUUUUCUUCCAUGUAUGUACUUAUUCAACAGUUUUCAGUUGAAUGUACAUAAAUUGUAUAUUAAUAUAAAAAUUAAAAAUUUUACUCUAUCAUACGAGUAGCAGCACUUCUCUUAUUAAAUUAUUAAAGAUAGUAUGAAAAAUUUUAUUCGCAAAAUCUCACUACAGUAAAAUAUAAAACGAAGACACACUUCGCUUAUGUACUCGUAAAUAAGGUAAAUUUUUGAAAUGUUGUUCUGACGACCCAUUUGCAUGUGUGUUUAGGUUAGUUUUUUGUCUCAGAUUCACAUAAGAGUCGGAGUGAGAGAAAAAGUAACAUCGCUGAUAGUGAGACACGGGCCCUGUCUACCCCUCGUCUUGUGUGUAGGGUUGUUGGGUAUCCAAUUGCGUGCUAUAGAAACGUUCUCUGCCCAUCUCCGAGAGGACAGGCAGAUGUAGCUAAGGAUGCAAUUGAUUCUGCAUUGUCAAAGCCAUUUGCUGAGCCAGUUCCAUUCCAUACCUUCUGUGUUCGCAGUUCGUCGUGGUAGCUGCAUCUAGAAUUUUGAUUAUCUGUAUUUCAAAUCGCAAGAAAAUGAUGCCACAUUCGUCUGUUUUACUACUAAUAUUGAUUGCAUAUUCAGCAUAUUAUGCUUUUGGUAAGUACCUGACCAGAAAUUUUCAUAUUUUCCGAAAAAUUAUCCAAAAAGCAAAUGAAAAAUUUGAUUGGAGUGAUGAUACCUUAUGAAAAUAGUACUCGGCUCGACUAUUCUUACAAUGAAGACAUCACUAUUACUUGCACCGGUACAGAUGAAGUCACAUGGACGGCUAUAUGUUUACGCUGAAGGGUAGUUAUACAAUAAAAGAAGAGACUCCAUACAGAAAAAUCCUUCAAAUAAAAAACGCUACAAUUUAUCAUUCUGGUACAUACGUAUGUACAUAUAUUUCAACUAUGUGCCAAAGGGAUGUCGAGUUCGUGCAGAUUAAUCUUAAUUGCGAUAACACCUGUUACCCAAAUGGAAAAUACGGAAGGUACAGAAUAAAUCCACUGGGAAGCCAUCCAGCUUACAUAACACCUGAAGGCUCCUUUGACGAACCUAUGACACCUUAGAAGCAAUUCAGUUUACAUAAUGAUCAAAUGAUGACGAUUUCAUCAAAUUGAUGAAUGAAGAUAAUGAUCUGGAUUUAUUAACAUUUUUAACUAAUCAAAAACUAUGACAUAGGUACUUACCUAAAAAUGUUUAAUGUAACCUAGGUCUAAUGAUAAGUAUUCGAGUGUAAAAUCACAUCAAUUUACUGAACUACUCGUGUCUCGUACAGUACUAUACCUACUUAUUAAAACUUGAACAAUCUGCAUGUA